AUGCAAGUAUUAAAUUUCAUAAGGGAGUUCGAGUUGCAGAGAAUGAAAGAGUUCGAGACUUUCAAAGAGUACGCGGACAAAUUGCUUGGCAUUGUUAACAAGGUAAUAUUGCUAGGCAUUGAAUUUAAAGAUUCAAGAAUUGUUGAAAAAAUUCUUGUAACAGUGCCCGAAAGAUAUGAAACAUGUAUAACUACCUUGAAAAACACACAAGAUCUGCCCAAGAUUACCUUGGCAGAGUUGUUAAAUUCUUUCCAGGCACAGGAGCAAAGGAGGCUUAUGAGGCAAGAUGGUAUGGUUGAAGGAGCCUUAGCAGCCAGCCACAAAACUCAAAGCAAGGGUGGAAAUUUGAAAAAUUACCCACCUUGUCAGCACUGUGGAAAAAUGGGUCAUCCACCAAUCAGAUGUUGA